AACCGCGUGGUUUGCUGGUCCGCGGAGGGACGCGCUGCUUGAGCCUGGCAAAGUUCUCUGAGGAAUCUGUGUCAUUACUCGCAUCAGCCAUCUGUUAGAGGAAGUUAGAUAGUGAAACAACUUUCUACAGACAGCAAAGGUUUUCUGGUAACCACUGAAGAAUUUUUAUUCUACUCUUACCAGUUUUGAACUACACUCUCUCUCUUGCGCUACAAUGUCGUUGGGUAGGGCCCAGCAGGAUCAAGGUCGUGGCAUCAAAAAAGACAAUCAUAAUGUUGGAUUCUUUGCUGCAGCCCAGUCUGCAAACGUUGCUGGAAAUCUUGGGAGAAUGAACCAGGGUGCACGUAUGGGUGGCUUUAUGAACUUUGGACGGGGUCAGGGAAUGGGCCUACAAGGUGUGGGACAAGGACCUCAAAAUAUGAUGUCUUCAGGUGGUGGUCCCUCUCGAUCCAGUGGUUUGCCUUCUUUGUUUGAUGUAGGAAGUCGUAACCAGCCCUCACUUGCCACUCAGAAACGGAUUGAUGCGGACAGGGCCAGCAAUAUAUUAGCUACCUUUGGCCUUUCAUCCAGAGAUUUGGAUGAAUUGAGCCGCUAUCCUGAGGAAAAACUUACACCUGAAUCCUUGCCUGAUAUUCUUAUGCAGCUUAAAAGGAAAAGAACUGAUGAAGGACCAUCUUUGAAUUACAGCAGAGGUGAGAAUUCUCCUCGGGAAGAUCGUUCCUUUAGGCCCUCCCGUGGUGAUUGGGAGGACGAAAGACGCUUUCGGAGUAAUUUUGAUGGUCGAGAUUCUGAUGCUGACCCAGUGGUCAACUAUGACCAUGGUUCUUCUCGAGAGUCGAAUUCUAGAUAUUAUGACAGGAAGGACUAUGAGCAUGAACGAUUAAGAAAUGAUGACUUUCGUAGAGAUGAGAUGCGUAUGUCUGAGCCAUAUAAAUUUGAUUCUGAUUAUGGAAAAAUGGGUCCCUCUCCUCGUGGACAAGAAAGGUCCCUCUUUGAGAGAAAACGAGGAUCUCCUUCACUGAGCAACAUAAACGAUUACCAUGGUUUCAUGCCAUCAAUGUUCCCCCACUUGUGUUCGCUGUGUGAUGUAACAGUUCAUUCUGUGAAGGAUUGGCACCAGCAUAAGAAUGAGCCAGCACACAAGCGACGGUGCCUGCUACUUCUGGAAAUUUACCCACAAUGGGUUCCUGAAGAUGUGCCACCUCCAAGGAACAAUCCACCUGGACGACAGUCUAACCUUGCUCCAGAUGCUGCCUCAGCCCUCCUUGCAGCCAUCAGGCAACUGGAUGCAUUGGAUGGUCAUGGAGGCAACAGAAAAGGUUUUAUAGAAAACAAACGAAGAAACAUGAAAUCAGGAGAUGAUCCUGGCCGGGUACUUCACAUGACUGAAUUGCCAAAAGGAAAAUGCAAAGUGAGAGAUAUCCUCAAACUGGCUCAGCCAUUUGGAAUCAUUACCAAGUACUUACUUUUAAACACAAAGAGUGAGGGAUUUGUAGAAAUGGCCACAAGUGACCAAGCACAGACAGCAGUGUCGUUUUACAGUAUGAAACCAGCCAUCCUUUAUGGCAAAAGGGUACGAGUGGAUAUGUCUCAAAAAUACAAGGAGAUUGAUCUGAAGAAACAAAAACAAGAUCGGUCAGGUGGCCGGGUAGCACUCUUCCAGAACCUGCCUCCUUCUGGUUAUUCUGAUGCUGAUGUUGUGAAAAUGGGAGCUGGAUUUGGAAAAGUUCUCAAUUACAUAAUCAUGCGGCUUCGGAACCAGGCAUUCCUCGAAAUGGAGUCAAAGAAAGCUCUGAUGGACAUGGUUAAACACUACAAAAAAACACCUUUGAUAUUCCGAGGUAGGAAAGUGACUGUGGAUGCAUCUCAGAAAUACAAGACACUUGUAUUAAAGAAACCAAGCAUAAAAGUUCAAGAGCUGUUGAAAGAACAGGAUGAUCUAGACAACAGGAAGAGACGACGAUCCCGCAGCCCUAGUUCUAAGAAAAAGCCAGUCGGCAAGCCCAAGACUUGUCCAAAGGCUGAUGGUGAAAAGGCAGAGCAGAAAACAUCUGAAGAUUCACCUUCAAAUGAGCUUGACAAAACUGAAGGAGAGAAUGAAACAGAAGAGAAAUGUGAGGAGAAAGAGGAAACUACAGAAGAGGAAGCUGUUGCAGUCAUCGAAAGUGAUGCAGAGCUUGUUGAAGAUCUAGUUGAAGGCCUGGAAAGUGGUGAAUCUGAGAAUGACGAGGCUAUCUGUGAAACGGUGCAGAAGGAGGAGGAGCCGGAUAUAGUGGGAACUGACACAGUCUCUAAAGAAUCAACAACUAAGAUUGAUGUGGCAUCACGUGUGGAAAGCACAAUGGAAACGUCUCAGAAGCAGGUACAGAAUAUUCAAAGUAGUACAAGACACCAAGAAGCAACAUCCCAGGAGUCGAAAGAGGAAUGUUUCCCAGAGAACAUUGAUGAAUUUGUUACUGUCGAUGAGGUCGGUGAUGUAGAAGCUGGGAUUUUAGAGCUGGAAGAUCUGAUGUCUGGUGGAGACUAUAGCAAAGUGGCAAAUGAUGAGGCUGAUACAACUGUGGAUAGCGAGAAACCAGAGGCUGGUGAGCAAAAAGAUGAAGCCAGUGAGCAGAAAGAUGAAGAUGUGGACAAGCCUAAAAGAAAACGUGGUCGAAAGAAGGGAAAGGCUGUAAAAGCCAAAAAAGUGGAGCAAACAGAUAAAGUUAAAGACGAUGUUGAAGAAACUGACAUAGAACCUGCCGUGAAUGAAAAGAUUGAAGUAAAAGUGGAUUGUGAUGAAAAGAGUGACAUUAAGGAAGUGCUUGUCUCAGCUUGCACAGAACCAGAAGCCAAGCGUGCCCGGUCUCGAUCUCCUACUCCAGAAGAAUAUAGACUUGGCCCAUAUCAGCUCAACAACCCUAUAGGACUUGAUUAUAUAGUUCCAAAGACCGGGUAUUACUGCACAUUGUGCUGUCUCUUCUAUACGAAGGAGGAAGUGGCCAAGAAAACCCAUUGCAGCAGCCUGGCUCAUUACCAGAAGCUGAAGAAAAUCUUGGACAAGCAAGCUGAGGAAUAUCGGAAGGUUAAAGUAGAAGAAGACGGAAAAGGACAGACUGAAGAACAAAGCGAGCAAUGAACAUUUCAACAUUGCCAAAGAGCAGCUUUCAAAAAUCAGUAACUAACUAGCUGGUCAUUCUUAUUAUUAGCUCAUGUCUUUAGUUUUCAUUUUCCUUUAAUGUUGUUUUAUAGGGAUGUCUUAACAUUGCAGCUUACAGACACAUACAUAGAAGCCCAGGAAUUGUCACAUUUCCUUUUCCGAUAAUUGUUGAAUAGCAGAAAGUGUAUUGGACCAAGAUGGUUAAGUAAUAAUGCAAUGAAGAUUGACAGCCUCCUGCAUUAUUGGAAAUAGCAAUAUAACUCAACUCAAAUAAAAUUGUGAGAAGACAUCUUUUGGUCCAGAACCUUUUUUUGAAAAAAGUAUCAUCAGCACUACUGUAGGGCUACUUUAUUGAAAGCAGAGCUGUGCCGGUCAAUUAUUUUGGUCAAAGUAGUAUUGAAAGAUUAUGUAAAUAUUAAUAUUCAUUGAUAAUCUAAAGUAGUAAAGUAUAUUUCAGGUAAUGAUACAAAUGCUUGCUGUCAGUUGAUUAGUAAAGACUAAAAAAAGAGUUUUACCAUUUGUUUCUUUUUGUUCAAUGUUUAAAUUUGUUGUAUGGGUUAACUGAAAAUGGAUACCAUCACUAAAAGCUUUGUUUUAAAAAAAGCCAGUGUGAGUCACGGGAUGGGAAACAUCCAUUUUACUUGUGCUUUGUUUUAAUAGCACUUCAGUUAUGCUUCAGUAAAUGGAUGUAUGACAAUGUCCAGCUCACCAUUUGGCUCUAUUUCUCUCCCACUCCCAAAAAUAGAAAUGAGCAAAAUGUACUUCCAAAAAAAUAGUUUCCCUCUCUUCAACUUACAACUGUCUGAGAUGCAACUGGUGAAAGUUCAACUUUUUAUCAUCAUGAGUGGUGACUGUUAAUGUCUUAAUCUAAAGGGACAUGCUAGCCCUGGGGGAGAUAAUCAGAGAUGUGGCAAGAUGUGGUGAUAGGUCAAGAUUUAGUUUUUAAAAAUUCCUCUGCAGAAUCACCAACAUUUUAAUUAAAACUGCAAAGUUAGAGGUUUUCAUUCGUAAUUUAGUAAAAAUGUUUUUCAUCAUUAAACAAAAAAAUUGUAUAACGACCAGCUGAGUAUUCACAGAAUUUACUUCUUGAGUAAUAUGUUAAGUUAUCAUCUUUAUAUAUUUUUAUUCUUCUUUAUGAUCCGGCCUAAAGUAGUCAAUAUCAAUACUACAUUGUACAAUUUCAUGAACUGAUUCAGAGCUUUUAACUGACCGUGUAGAGUAUUCACCAUUCUAAUAUAAACCGUUUUUGUAAAAUACAGUUUCACACACUUCUAUUGAAAUCCAGUGUGCGAAAAUUUCCAAUAAGACCUCUGACUUAAUCUGUAAUGUUAUAGAGUCAGUCUUGUGUUGUGUAAGCGGUUGUAUGCAUCCUUUUGGUCCAUCCCAGUUUACUGUAAAUAAUUUUAGUAGACCAUAUUUGUGUUUUUGAUAACUAUGACAAAGGAUUAAUAUUGGACUGGGAUGUAUUGGCAUAUUGUGCUCAUGUUAGUCCUGUUACUGGAAAUGUGAGUUUAAUUUGUUGAAUGCCUCUUUUGCUUUUGCAGAUAACAGCAAUUUUAUGUUUUUUGGGGUAGUAUGUUUUAAUGUUGGAACCUCUUUUAGAUGUGGUGACCUGCAGUGUGGGCGAAGUAUUUUGGAUAGUAGCCUUUUACGUGUGACCUACUGGGAGUUGUGCUUAUUGGCAAGUGUAUCCUGCAUGAGUGUGGAGUAACAGAUGCUUCCAGAGAAUUGUUUGCUAAUGAAGGUAUCAAGAAUGCAGCCUAUGAAGCCAAGUGUGUUUGCCAACCAAUUUGUGUGAAGCACUGCAGCUUUAAUCAAGAGGGAGUAAAGUGUGGAAACUGCUGUUCAUCUAUCCUGUUUUAGUUUCAGUAGAAAUAAAAGUAGUUUUGUAACCCUUUUUGUUCAAAUAAAGCUCCACGUUUCAGAUUA